AUGGGCGAUAUAGGGCAUGACACGCCCGAAAGGAGGGCCAGAGCAAUAGCGCUGCUAGACGCGGACCUCCAUGGUCUUUUGCAGAUCAAGGAGGUGAGCGAAGAGAUCCAGGCAAAGAUUUCUGUCGAAAGGGUUAGGAGCAUCUCCAAACUGAGCACUAUUGCAGAUGAUCGAGCUGGUAUCAGAAACUUUUGCACUAAUAGGUUGGCUCUGCAUGCAGUGAAUGAUAUGGUAGAUGUGGCCUCGGUGGUGGAUGCAUGGGAAGCCUCAACAACACGAAUGAAAGUGCGCCACAAUGCAGAGGCGGAAGCUAGCCUAGCAAGCAUCCCGAGAGCGGUGCCAAAAGUGGAGGUGCAAGAUUUGUUGAUACGGUUUGAGACUUUGCACGGAUACAGAUUGGAUGACAAGACAACCCCGGCAACCUCGACCCUGGAGUUGAUCUUUGACCAGAUCGAGGCGGGGGAGCUGAAACAGAUGUCCUUGACGCAAAUGGUAUCAAAGGAGGACUCAGAGAGUGAGAUCAUUGGAGCGACUAUUGAGCGUUCCACUGGAGCAAUCAAGGUUAGAAAGGGUUAUGGAGAAUGUCCCAAACCAAAGUCACCAGAGGAGCUCAGGAGGCGCAUGGCAGUUCUGGCCAACUGCUACCUGCUGGGGCAGUUGAAGUUUCCCCAGAAAGCGGUGCUGAAGGAUUUGGUGCCACGGCACUUCCUUCGCUAUGUGGAGUAUUUGCUGGGCGAGCACGUCCAUGGACUUAAGGCAACCAACAAAGACGGCGAGUGUGUGGCAACUCCAGACCUCAGCACGGUGAUGGCAUAUGACUUCCAGAUGAGGCGCUACAUGGUGCGCUAUGUCAAUGAAGGGAAGAGCAUGGUGGAAGCAAUCGCAGCAGUGAUGGCAGAUCCAGCCAUCAAGGAGCGAUACUUCAUCACUCCGAAUGUCAUGGCAGUCAUGGGCAGUUCGUCGAAGCAGAGCAGCAAUCAUGGAGACAAAGAUGGAGGCCAUCGGUCUCGCAGCCCUGGCGGUUGGCAGCAGCAAAGCAAAGGCUGGCAGAGCUAUCGCCGCAACAACAAAGGUGGCAGCAAGGGAAAAGGAGGCGGAAAAGGAAAGGGAGGAGGAAGCAGUGGGCUGCACGACCGGUCUCCAGAUGGCUUCAUAUUUGCCAGCGGUGCUUUGACAAGCACCCAGCUCACAGACAAGGCCCCGAAUCCUCCCGGAUCAACAGGGGCAGGCAGACGCUGCAGAGUGCUCUAUCUCUUCAGCGGAGAACAGCGGAAGACUUCAGCGGCAGAGAUUUUAAAGGUGCUGGCAUUUGAGCAAGGCACUGAAGUGGAGAUUGACGAGGUGGACAUUUGCAGGGAUCCAUCUCAAGACAUGGCCAUUUUGGCCCAUCAACAGAAGAUUUUACAGGCAGUAGAGCAAGGGCUCUAUUCAGCUAUUUUGAUCACACCACCUUGCAGCACUUGGUCCAGAGUUAGAGGAGCAAACACCAGGGGCCCACCUAUGAUCAGAUCCAAGCAAUGGCCAUGGGGUUUUCCGUGGUUGGCGCAUCGCUUCAAGAUACAAAUCGAGGUGGGCAACACUUUGGUGCGUUUCACCAUUCAAGUGCUGCUGGUGGUAGAUGUACAGAGCAGGAAGAUCGGGCGAGCAUGGUGCGCAGUUUUCGCCGAACACCCAGAAGAUUUGGGUGUCAUUUUCAGGGAGGAGGACAACAAGGUGUUUUAUCCAGCGAGCAUUUGGCAGUUGGAGGAGUUGAGACGCUUGGUGGAUGAGGAAUCACCAUUGCAGCUGGCCACUAUAGCAAUAUGCCAGUGUUGCUUCGGUGCGCCAUAUCGAAAACCAACCCGUUUGCUGUCCAACAUUCCCGAGGUCAAAGCUUGGGGCUCUCAUGAAUGGCCGUCAUUUUCGCAUGACGGCAGAUAUGCAGGGCCAUUGGUCAAGUCCUGCAGUUGCACGCCCACACAAUCCCUGGCGAGGCAGCGAGAUGACACUGCCUUUCGCACUUCAGGUACAUCUGCAUAUCCGCCUGAGAUGGACCGAGCCUUGGCGGCUGGCAUCCUUCGAUGGUUGAUGGAGGCCCCACUCUCUGCUUCUGAAGCUGGGAAAGGAGCAGAGGGUGGGUCCGAAAUCCCGGAAAAGGCUGUCAGCAAGGGGGAGGAAGAAGUUGUUGGUGCAGUGGAGGCGGAAGAGACAACUUCGAAAGGGGCCACCUCGAGGGCAAAACGAAAGUCCCAAGAUCACCUGCCCAUGGAGCUUCCCAACUUACAACGUGGGAAGAGUACCAUCACGACAGGAGGGCAGGGGCCGCCGAUUUUGGCCUACUACAAGGGCGACUCUCGUCCUAUCAAUGAUGGAGGAGGAAUCUGUUCUCCCGGCAGGUGGAGGCCCGACAAACGGUGGGGCGCUCAAGGGCCGGCAGCCCUGGGACUUCGGUGCGAGGUGAAGAAGCUCUUCCUCAGAUGGUUGUCAAAGCCAGGUGCAGAUGCGUCAAAGGGCCCUGAAGACUUGUUCUGGAGGAUGGCAGCAGGCAAGAUGCAAUCAUCCCCCUUUCAGGAAGCGAUGGAGGAUUGCAGAAAGCGGCUGGACGAUUAUAUGCUGGCUGAAGGUGCUGAACCGUUGAGGCGGGAGACUGACCGUGACACUGAGGUGAACUUCAGGAGGUUGGCUGCAGCGCUUCAACUUAUGGGGGAUGUGGACUAUUCCUAUUUGGAGGAGGUGGCAUCGGUUGGGGUCCCGAUCGGUGUGGAGGUUGAGCUGCCGAGGACGGAAGCCGUGUUUGAAGAGAAGACCCGAUGGGCGGUGGAAGGCACGGAGGAGGAAUACCAUGAUGUGGUAUCUGAAAACUAUGCAUCGGCUGAGGAGAGCCACUUGGACAUACGCCGACAAGUGCUAGAGGAGGUGGAAAAGGGCAGCAUCGUGAAGAUGUCCAUGGAGGAGGCGCAGCGAGAGUUUGGUGGAAGGCUGGCCAUAGCGGCUUUGGGCGCGGUUCCAAAGGAGCUCAAUAGCGACAGGGUCAGGUUGAUCCAUGAUGGCACCUACAGUGUGGAUAUCAACAGGCGCAUCCGAGUGAGAGACAGGAUGCGUUUUCCGUUGAUUGACGAUGCUGCAGCAGUGAUGUGCUCAGUUGAGGACCAUGUGGAUCGAGAGGUGCAGAAGGUGAGGUUCUCAAUGGUGUACGACAUAGCGCGUGCGCACAAAUUGAUACCGGUGAGAAGGAUGGAUUGGGGGUACCAGGCAUUCAGAUUGCCGGGGCCCAAAGAAACGCCAGAGGAGGAGUCUGCAGUAUAUCUGCAUACGAGAGGAACCUUUGGAGUGGCAUCAGCAGCAUACUGGUGGGGGCGCUGCGCUGCGUCAGCAGUGAGAUUAGCGCACAACCUCGCAGAUGAGCACUUGGGCUUGUGGCAUUUAUUGUUCGCUGAUGAUGGGUGGCUGACAGCUACCGGCAGGUGGUUCUGGCGCAAAAUCCUAUACUGGUUCUUUGUGCUGGAUCUGUUUGAGUUCCCGAUUAGCUGGAAGAAGGUGUCAGGUGGCUGCGUGGUGCAAUGGAUUGGAUACCAGCUUGAUGUGCAGCAGUUUACAGUGGGGAUCAGUGACCGGAAGAAAGAAUGGGUCAGGAGCUGGGUUGCCGCUAGAUUGAAAGAAGGAGGAGUUGUGGGACGUGAGAUGCGUGCAGCUCUGGGCAGACUGACUUUUGUAGCGGGAGCUCUCAGGCACGUUCGGCCUUUCUUAGGACCACUGUUCGCCUGGACGUCUAUGGUUUCAGGUGGCAAGUUCACCAAGAUGCCAGAUGCGGUAGUGAUCUUGCUGGAGUUUGUGUCGAUGGAAGUGGAGAGGUGCCCCAUGAGAGCAGCCACGAGGCCACCGGUCUUGGAGGGAGACUGCUUCAGGAUCGACGCAAAGGCAGCAGGCGAAGAGAUCGUCAUUGGAGGCUGGGAAAGUUAUGGGAACGUGCACACCAAACAGGCACGUUGGUUUUCAAUAGCCUUGUCGAGGAGAACAGUCCCUUGGGCGUAUCUGCGUGGAGAUCCUUUCAGGGCGAUAGCCAGUUUGGAGUUGUUGGCGGUGCUCACUGCGAUUAUGUUGUUUUCCAGGGAUGCGCCAUGGAAGGAUGGGCGCAGAAAGGUGGUGUUGCCUGCCUUCACAGACAACCUCUCGAACAUGCAUGUUCUGAAGAAGUUUGGAUCCAGCAAGUUUCCACUUUCAAUAGUAGCAAUGGAGUUGGCUUGUCAGUUGGAGAUUGCCAAGGUGGAACUAGAUCUUUCAUGGGUGCCGCGUUGUCAAAAUGAAGAAGCUGACGCAUUGACAAAUUCACGGUAUGAAGAGUUUGAUGAAAGUAGGAGAAUCAAUGUGCAGUUCGAAGACUUGAGAUUUGUUCUUCUGGAUCGGCUGAUGACCAAGGCAGGGGAACUGGACAGUGAAUUGAAAUUGCACAAAACUUCGAAAGAAGCGAAGAGGUCGGCGAUGGCGGAAGAAGCCAAGACGACCAGCAAUAAGAAGAGGGGCGAGAUGAAGUGGAAAGAUCCAUGGUGA